AUUUGUUUUGAUUUUUUUUCUGUACGCUUUAUUUGAUUUUUUUCUCUUUCUUUUUUAUUGAAUUAAAUGAGAUAUACGAGUAAGAAAUACGAAUGUUGUUUAUUGUAUUUACGUUCUUCAUGGAAACACUAGUUGUGAAAGCGGUUCCAAACACAUUAUGCUGUGCCGUUCAAGGAUUUUACAAUUCACCCAGUGAACACACAUUCGAAAUCAUUAAAUGAAACGAAGUUCAAAGUCUAAUUUGAUAACUUGUUGGCUUCAUUUGCUGAGGCAUUCCCUCGCAUUUUGUUAUUGGCUUUAGAACGAAAAGUUUAAUUAAUCAAAAUGGCCAGUGUUCUUAAACAAAGGGGGUUACAAUUAAAGAAACAAAUGCAAGUCUUACUAACUCAAAGUAUAAAAUUGAGUAGUGUGAAAAAUGAACCUAAUAUUUUGAAGUCUGUUUAUGAAGAUAUAGUACCAAUUAAUAGUACAAUAAAUGACUACAUUUGGCAAAACUUGGAUCGCUGGCCGGAUAAGACUGCUGCGGUGUGUGCAGCAACUGGCCACGGAUACACCUAUGCUCAAACACACAGGAUGUCAAUCUCAUUUGCGGCAUCACUGCGAACGAAAUUGAAACUUAAGAAUGAUGACACAGUGGCUAUAAUCCUACCAAACGUUCCGGAAUACCCUUGUACUAUGCUAGGAGUGUUGGAAGCUGGCUGUAUUGCCAGUAUGAUGAAUCCUGCGUAUACCACACAUGAAUUACACCGUCAAUUAGAACUAAUCGAAUGCAAAGCAAUUGUUACCUCAAAACUAUCAUAUUCUAACGUAGCUGAAGCUAUCAAGAAAUUGAAAAUUAGACCUGCAGUAAUAUUAAUUGACAACGAAGGACUGCCAGAGGACGUUAUUAAGUUCGCUGAAUUCGCUGAAGAUAUGUCAAUUGACACAGACUGUUUGAAAUCAGUGCAGAGGAGUAAAAAAGAUGUUGCUAUACUGCCGUUCUCGAGUGGUACUACUGGUUUUGCGAAGGCUGUGGUAUUAACUCAUCAGAGUGUGGUUGCAAUGAACCAAAUGAUUAACAACCCUGAGAUUAUCGCCGUUGAUGAAGCUACAGAUUCAUAUCAAUGUGCAGUACCAGCUGUGCUGCCAUUCUUCCACAUCUUCGGCUUCAACGCGGUGAUGAUGAACCUGAUGACGAGAGGCAGCAAGCUCAUCACCUUCGCCAAGUUCAACCCGGAGCUGUUCCUCAAGACCGUGGUGCAGCAAAGAGCUGAACAUCUCUACAUCGUGCCACCGAUGGUUGUGUUCCUGGGCAAGCAUCCCGCGGUAACGGGAGAACAUUUGCAAUCUGUUCGCGGCAUCAUUAGUGGCGCUGCACCUCUCUCGGAGACUGACGCUGCUGCUGUAUUGAAGAAAAACAAGAACAUUUACUUCCGUCAAGGCUACGGGUUGACGGAGACCAAUGGCGGGGUGUCAGUUGGCAGGAAGAGUGAUGUCAACCAUGCCACCGUCGGCUACAUGUUCGGCAGCUGCGAGGCCAAAAUCGUCGAUGUUAACACACAAGAAGCAUUGGGACCUGGCAAAGAAGGUGAGAUAUGGGUUCGAGGACCUAAUUUAAUGCAAUGCUAUUACAAGAAUGAAGUCGCAACUAACGAGGUGUUGACUGACGGCUGGUACAAGACGGGCGAUAUCGGGAAAUACGAUCAAAACAAAUAUCUAUACGUUACUGAUAGAUUAAAAGAAUUAAUAAAGGUGAAAGGUUUCCAAGUACCUCCAGCGGAAUUAGAAACGAUAUUACGAACACAUCCUAAGAUAAUGGACUGUGCAGUGAUCGGAGUGCCCGAUGACGUCACCGGCGAGGCCCCUAAGGCCUUCGUCGUCACUCAGAGAGACGCACUCACAGACGAGGAAGUUAAACGAUACGUUAACGAACAACUCGUAGCAUUCAAACAUAUCAAAGAAGUACAAUUUGUUGAUGAAAUACCUAAGAAUCCAGCCGGUAAGAUUUUAAGAAAAGAUUUAAAAGCUAAAUAUUGUUAAUGUUUAUAGUAACAUAUAAUAGCCAAAAAUACAUAAAAGUACUUCUGUAAACGCUUUAAAUAUGAAAAUAUACGCUAAAUAAUGCUUUAUAAAGAGUACUUAAAUUUUUAAAAAGUGUCUUCAAGACUAUAAAAUGAAAUUUUUAAUAUUUUCUGUUUUUUAACUUUGGGUCGAUUAUAAACAGAAUGUUAUUAAAAAUGUUAAAAACUACACAAAAUAGUUAUUAACAUAAAGAGGUCGGAUUUUUGUGCAAUCGGUCUGCUUUUGGACCCUAAAAUAUAUAUAACCAUGUUUUUUUCUGAAUAUAUUUUAUUUGUUAAAUAUUUUAUGAAUAAAAUCGAUAAAAUUAA